AUGACCUACAACACAAGGUACAACAUGACCUACAACACAAGGAACAACACAAGCUACAACAUGACCUACAACACAAGGAACAACACAAGGUACAACAUGACCUACAACACAAGGAACAACACAAGGUACAACAUGACCUACAACACAAGGAACAACACAAGGUACAACAUGACCUACAACACAAGGUACAACAUGACCUACAACACAAGGUACAACACGACCUACAACACAAGGUACAACAUGACCUACAACACAAGGUACAACAUGACCUACAACACAAGGUACAACAUGACCUACAACACAAGGUACAACAGGAGCAACAACACAAGGUACAACACGACCUACAACACAAGGUACAACAUGACCUACAACACAAGGUACAACAUGACCUACAACACAAGGUACAACAUGACCUACAACACAAGGUACAACAGGACCAACAACACAAGGUACAACACGACCUACAACACAAGGUACAACAUGACCUACAACACAAGGUACAACAUGACCUACAACACAAGGUACAACAUGACCUACAACACAAGGAACAACACAAGGUACAACACGACCUACAACACAAGGUACAACAUGACCUACAACACAAGGUACAACACGACCUACAACACAAGGUACAACAUGACCUACAACACAAGGUACAACAUGACCUACAACACAAGGAACAACACAAGGUACAACAUGACCUACAACACAAGGUACAACACGACCUACAACACUACAACACACAACAGGAGCAACAACACAAGGUACAACACGACCUACAACACAAGGUACAACAUGACCUACAACACACCAAGCAACAUGACCUACAACACACCUACAACACACAGGUACAACAUGACCUACAACACAAGGAACAACACAAGGUACAACACAACAAGGAACAACACAAGGUACAUGACCUACAACACAAGGAACAACACAAGGUGA